UCCAUGCAUAAUCAUGAACUGAGAUAUGAUUUUACACAUUUAUUGACACUCCCUUUAAGGGUCUACCAGCAAUAAAUAUGAUCAUAAAAACACAAUCUAUAAAAUAUAAUAUUUACAAAAGCUAAAGCCAUCGCUAAGAGAAUUUUGUGUUAGGAUGGGCAUAUCUGCAUCCAAGACAUUCAAGUUGCUGGUCCUCAUUUGAACUGAUGAAUAAACUUAAAAUGGGAUGUUUUGGGGUAUCAGUUUUCCUUGCUUUAAGCAUGAUAAUGCUGCUGCACCUCAAGCCGGUUCUGGGAUGCAAGAUUUUGGUGGCUGCUACAAGUGGAAUGUGCAGCCACAUGAUUUCGGGCAUCGAAAUCGCCAAAACUUUGUCCUCGCGAGGGAACAAGGUAUGGGUCGUCAUGAAUGAGGAGACCCAUCGCCUGUACGUGCAGGGCCGCAUGGAGAUCCCGGACCAGAUACACUUCGCGCUCUUCAAGACCUCUCUCACCGACAAAGAUGGCGACACGUUCCUCCGGCGGUACGUCUCCAAACAGUUGCGAGACGAGCGCGCCAACACGGCCCUGCAAUACCGCAUCGAAGCCGAGGAUCGUGAGAUACAAGCACGCGUGGCUGGACGGAAAGUGGACGUCUUCAAGGCGUCCAGUUUCGUCAACGAUGAUAUGCUGGGAAACACCCAACUCAUCGAGAAGCUAAAGACAGUAGGAUUCGAUAUGAUCAUCGGUGAUGUGGUGACUUUAUAUCAAGUGUUUCUUAGUCAGGUUCUUAAGGUACCGUACAUUAAUUUUGGGCUCACUUCAAUGGUACCAUCGCAGCACGACCGAUUUGCUUUUAAUCCGAUCCACCCGGCUUACGUCCCCGAGCGUCUCAGCUCUCUCACCGAUACCAUGACUUUCCAAGAGCGCAGGAAAAACACACUCCUGUACUGGAUCACCGGCUACUUCUACUACAAGUUCAUGCUGACGCCGAUGGACGAGGUCCUCCAAAAGCGGAACAUCCGCCCAGAUGCGAACUUUGGGCAGCUUCUCUCGGAGGCCGCCAUGUGGAUUUUCAACGAGGAUUUCGCGUUUGAAUUCCCCCGGCCUCUGAGUCCUCAUGUCAAGUUCGUCGGGGGUGUCCUCACGGGUCCGUCGAAACCACUGAAUGAGGAGUGGCAGUCGUUUGUUGAUAGCUCGGGCGACCACGGCAUAGUCAUUCUAGCACUGGGAACUCUCAUCAACGAUGAACUGACGGAGCAACAAGCUGAGAACAUCGCCUCCAGUCUGGCUCUACUCUCUCAGAAGGUGGCUUGGAGUUACGGCGGUAAACUACCAAAGGCUCUCGGUAACAACACCAAGGUUGUCAAAUGGCUGCCGCAAAACGACCUGCUUGGCCACCAGAAGACGCGGGCUUUUAUUUCCCACGGCGGCUUGAGCAGCCUUCAUCAGUGCAUCUACCACGCCGUACCGAUCGUGGGAAUCCCAGUCUUUGGUGACCAAACCGAUAACGUCAUCAGACUACGCGCCAAGGGGAUGGCGGUUCUUGUCGAUAUUCGUCGUCUGACUGAACGUUCAAUAUAUGACGCUGCCGUGGAAGUCAUUUAUAACGAAACGUACAAAUUAGCAGCCUUGCAUCUAUCUGGGAUUGCUCGUGACCGCGUCAUGCCGAUGACCCCACUGGAAGAGGUCGCUUACUGGGUGGAGUACGCCGUCCGACACGGCACCGAUCAUCUCAAGCCACGCUCCAUGCACCUGUCGUCCGUUCAGUACUACCUGCUGGACGUAAUUGGCGUCACUGUCGCAAUGGCGGUCGCCAUAUGCUGGUGUCUUACCAAAUUGUGUUGUGGUCUAGGCAGAAAGAUGUGCCAAGAAGUGCGAAUAAAGAAAUAGAACUUGAAAAAUA